UCCCGACAAAUUCGGUAUUUGGCUUAAACUGUUACUGGGGAAUUUCAUAUGAAUAUUUUCAUUCGUCAAUUUUUUUCAAAGGUGAAACUUGUAAAGCAGCAAAUUUCUGCAUCAAAUAUCACCGUUUUGAUCUUCAAGAGAGCUUUUUAAAGUUCUGGAUACGAACUGAACUUCCUGAAAAACAUAGUGAUUACCGAAACAUGAAAUUGAUCCUAAUUUCAAGAAUUGAGAACGAGCAUAUUACCGAUUCCUUAGACUCCUAUAGACAGUAUACUUUCCACUUAAUUUUUCGUUUUCAGCAGCAAUCAUUCACAACAAAAUCUUGUGAUUACGAAGGAACUUGCAAAACUGAAGACUGUACUCUCGGACUUGUUGGUGCCAAAUAUAUGGGGUAUGUCAAAGGACCACUGGUCAAAAUUUGGGAUUGUUGCUGUCAUACAUCGCUUUGCAAUGCCGCAUUUGAUCAUUUGAUACCCAAAUUUGAAUUAAUAGAUGAUAAAGAAAAUAAAAUUAAAGCCGACAUCACAAAUGCAUCACAAAUACAACGUAUCUUUGCUGCGUUUAAUAUUUUAUUAACGUAUAUUCGCUCUUGUCAGGCUGAUACUCAGUGCAUCGCCGCUAAAAACACUUUUUUCUCUAAAGCGUUAUUUGGCAUUAGCUCAAAAUUUGCUGCUAAAAGACGCACUCAAUAAAA